CUGCAUUGAGUGAUGCUGUCACCGAGUUACCAGAUGCUCUGCCAGCUCCAAGUUUGGAUGGUUUGACCCCUUUGCACUACGCAGCCCUUUUACCUGGUAUGGAAGGUGUACAAAUCUGCAGUCUUCUCUUGAAAGCCUCGGCGGAUCCAAGUAGACAAGCAACAGCAGAUAAGAGUUUUACAAUCAACUCAUCCGGAGGCACAAAUAAAAGUGCAUCCGGAUCUUCUCGAGGUCAGAAUUCGUCAACGAAUCUCACUGGACAAGAUUACGUCACAACGGAGCAACGAGCUCUUCUGGGUGGAAGAACACCUUUACAUCUUGCCUGUGCUCGAGAUUAUGAUCACGAAAAUGCUACCAAAAUUGUUCAGUUGAUGCUAGAUGCCGGUGCGAAUCCGAAUCUCAUGUGCAACGGACACACACCACUCACUCUGUCCAUCGCCUCUGGAAAUGAUGCGUGCGUUGCAUUGUUGCUGCGCCACCCGAAAACCAAUGUGAAUCAAGAAUUAAGUCACGGACUUGGAUCAGCUUUAUGCGUAGCCACAUCCCGUGCUUUUGAAUAUCGUCGGGACACAGAUGCUCGCAUUGAUCUGAUUAAGCAACUGAUUGGGGUCGGUGGAGCAUCAGUUCGCCUGCGAAUGUUCGUGCCUCGGAAACGGAAUUUGUGUGAGUGCAUGAGUCAAACGACAUGUGUUUGA